AUGUUGCAGUAUCCAGUCCAGCUCCCCCCACUCUCCCUGUCUUCCUCCAAGCGCGCACCCGCCUCCGGCAGAGACAGAGAGCAAGACGACCACCGAAAUGGCUCUCUCAGACUCGCAAAGUUCGCCGUUCAUGACCGGAUCGUCGUCCCCCGCCCCCAUCCCAACGUCCCCGUAACAUCCAUCUCGAUUCCUCAUGCCUUCUCCCCCUCCUCGUCUGCCACUGCUUCCACGUACCCCUCCCCCCUCCCGUCUCCCAUCUCCACCACCCCUGGCAAGCUCAUCCAUCGCUCACCUCUCACUUCUUCCCCUGGCCAGCUCCCCAGCCCCGUCCCUCGCUCACCGCACCCCCUCCGUGCCAACCUCCCGUCGUACGACAGCCGCUCAAGCGGCCAGUCUUCGUUGUCCUCCACCAUCGUCGACGUCCUCUCACAAGGAGACCUGGUCGGAGAAGGGUUGUAUCUCCAGGGCGAGGCCAUCUACCGAGUCCCGAUAAGCUCGUCUGAGCCGCGACCUGACUACGAUGAACCGGCGACGGAGUUUGAGGUGGUUCGGAAGUUGGGCACCGGCAGUUACGCUGUUGUGUACCUCGUGCGCGAAGUUCUGUCGCGCCCCCAGCCCUCGGAUGAUGGACACCCCACUGCCCUCGGACGUAUGGACUUCGACGAGGAACCCGGCAAUCGGUCUACGGAAUAUGGCCGCGAAUACGCUGUCAAAGUGCUGUCGAAAGCGAACCUCGACGAGGAGGCUCUCGCAGCUCAGCUAUUCGAGGCGACUGUCCACCAGUCGCUUCCGGCACACCCAAACAUCGUCACGCUUCAUCGCACGCUCGAGACCCCUUCCUUUUUGCUUCUUUUGCUCGAGUUCGUGCCAGGUGAAGAUCUUUUCUAUUUCCUCGAACAAGCCCGCGACCACUACGACACCGACCCCGCCACGACCGACCUGUCGACCUCGCCAUCAACUUCGGACUCAAGUUGUGCCUCACGCACGCCGCCCACGCCAAGCCUCCUCUCCUCCCUCAACCCUUCACAGUUGCUCUCGCGCAAGCGCUUGCGCCUCGUCGCAUCCAUGUUCUCACAGAUGUGCGAUGCCGUCGCCACCUGCCACGAUCAUUCUGUGUUCCAUCGCGACAUCAAGCCCGAGAACUUUAUCGUAACGGAUGGUUGGACAACGCUCUCCGACGGACGGACGGAGCGCAAGGUCGUCGUCAAGCUCACAGACUUCGGCCUUUCCACCACCGAUGUCGAGUCGGCGGAUAUGGAUUGUGGCAGCGCCCCCUACAUGAGUUUCGAAUGCCGUAAUAACCUACACCCUACUUAUUCUCCGCGAGCUGCCGACGUCUGGUCACUUGGUAUCGUGCUUAUCAAUAUGUUGUACCAUUAUAACCCUUGGACAGACACUACGCUAGGCGUGUGCUCGUCCUUCCAGAGCUACCGCCUCCAGCCCGUCAGCUUCCUCAUGCAGCGCUUUUCGGGAAUGACCCUCCCUGUUGCCGAAUUUUUGGCCAACAACGUCUUCUGCAUCUUGGAUGACCCGAAGGACGACUCCAAGCGGAUCUCUGCGCACGGCUUCGGGAACUGGAUCAAGGAUCUCCCUACUCUCCUUGGCGGCCCCUCGCACCAAGGCCACGGCCGCACCAUUUCGAUGUCAUCCAUUCAGGGCCACCGUCUUCACUCCAUUCCCCACUCUCGCCGUCCUUCCCUGCGCAACUCUAUCGUUGCCGGCGAACGGAUGUCCAACCGCGCAUCUCGCAACCUGUCUCGGGCACCUUCUCUGGGACCUGCCUUUGAGCACCAACUUGAGACCACAAGUGCUCAUCUUCCGAUGUCCGACACCAAGAUUGAGGAGGAGGGCACAUAUGGGGAUCAGUUUAACGACCAUGACGACAAUAACGACCACGAUGCGGAGGUGGAGGGUGAGUCGAACUCGCGCUCGGCCUCCACCCACAAGCGACGGAAGCGGGGUGCACGCAAGGGCAAGGGUUCCGUGUCGAACAUGGUGUCCCCUAUCUCGCCUUCGUCUGCUCACGACGUGACUCUCGACACUCUUGCGCAAGCCUCACAGGCGCUCGCGCGCGAGAUCUCUCGGACGUCGCGUCAGCCCUCAAUCUCGCAGAUGUCCCCCGCUCCGGAUGUUCGUCUUCCACAGUACCCCAUCUCUCCCGGUAUGGCCAUGCCGCCUUUGUCGCUCCUUCCCGUUGCUGCAGCCGCAUCAGCCCCAUCGGCCAGCCCCACGACUCCCUCGAUCUCCAAGAAGUCGUCCAAGUGGAAGCUGUCCUUCGGUAAGAACAGCAGUGCCUCUGCUGCGAAGUCAGUGGUCGAGGAUGUUCCACCUUUGCCCACUGAGCCUCUCAAGCACAAGUCCGAGACGGUCAACAAUGUCACGAACCUGCUUAUGAGCUUGAACGCUCCCUCCUCGCCGCCUGCCCGAACGCCGAAUACCGUGACCCUCGAUCGCGAGCGCGACUUCCACGACGAUGCGAGCUACAGUCGCGGUCGUCGUGCCAAGAACUCUCCGUACACCACCAGUCCCAAUGGCAGUGCCACGUGGGGUCCUUCAUCAGCUUCGCCCUUCCGCUCCUCGCACCCGCGUGGAAGUCCCGAGCGUCGCUACAACGGCUCGUUUGUGGCUAGCGGUGACAAGCGAUCCGAGCGCGGUGUCUCCCCUUCCAGUACCCGUAGCGGGCGGCCCCUCGCUUCAAGCGCCAGUUCAAUGGCGUCUACCAACUGGAGAAGCUCUAUGUCCAGCACUGGCACGUCGACGUCGGCGUUCACGAGGUACAGCAACAACAGCACUCGCAGUGUAUCGACCGCCGCCACUAGUGUCUCUGGUCAGAGCUGGCGCAGCCAAGGCAGCCGGAUGACGGUCGACUCCCAAGGCAACCCGAUACAGAUGCCGGCCAAUGUGAAGUUCGUUACCGGUACUCCGUGGGAGCUGGACCAGCUGCCCCGUCAGAUGUACCUGAACCCCGACGACGCGAAGUUUGGUGGUCCGCCUGCCCGCAAGCGGCGGGCCAACAAACCAAAGGACCUCACUUUGGACACGAUCAACGAGCGUCCCAUGCAUCCCAAAUCUCCUCUCGGCCAGCGCCAGGAUGCGGCGACCAGUACGACCGACCUCGACCGUGGCGACGGCAAUAGGGAACGGGAAGCUGUGGAGCCUGAUGGGUCUCCGCGUAAGGUGCAGAAGGGCCAGAUCAACGCACUCGCGAAGAUGCUCUCUGCCCUUCGUCGCUGA